AUGGGGAAAGGCAAGCAGGAUUCAAUCGGCAAGUUGGUCGCCAAACAGGGGUUCAGAGUCCAGAUGAAGCAAUUAGGAUGCGAGUCGAGUCCCCGAGUCAAUUUAGAGGAACGCUUGCACGGAGUUGGUGGAGAGAAAGAGAGGCGAAAGAAUGAGGAUGAGAAGAACGAGGAAAGAGGAUUAUGGGGAAGAGAGAUGAAGAGGAGACAGGAGUUCGAGCAGAUGGACCCUUUCCAAGCUCCGAUUGAUGGCACUGAAGAUCAUUAA